GUUCUCCGCAGAGGAGGCGGCGAGUGAGCGCGCGCCGACCGUCCACACGGUUUCUCUUUCUCCCUAGGGAGAGCGCGCGGCGGACGCGCCCCGGACGCGCGGUGGCACCGGGAGGCCGGGCAGAGCGGUUCAGUUUCAAAUGUGAAUGACAGUAAACUAAUAUCCAAGAUUCCUGUAUAAGAAGUAGAUCAAAAGGACUGUACUUUCAGGUGCUAUGCUGAGACCUCAUAGUACAAUGGUAAUGGAAAGGAAAUAAAAAGCAAAACACCGUCAGAUAGUUUUGUGCCUGCGCCCAGGAUAUUGGCCCAUGGGCUGGGGAUACAAAGAUAUUAUUCAGGUUUUGAGAGAAUACCUCAAGUUGGACUCAAACGCAAGAUUUACCGGUGACUUUGAAGUGGAAUGAGGAUCUAAUCUAGAAAUGUCAUGUUGCAUUCAGUACUUGCUCAGUUAGUUGCAGCCUGCCCCAGAAAAUCAUUGUAGUGUAACUGCAACAAGCUGGUUUACAAGCAAGAGGAGCUGAGUGUGCAGGUUAUUCAUUGUUAAUGUGAAUGAUGUUUAAAUUUCUGCAGCCAUGACACAAGAAUAUAGGAAAGCAUGGGAUUAUGGCAAUCACAGAGUCCUCGUAAUACAAGUUCCAUUCAUUUUUUUCUGAAAGACAGCUGUCUGUUAAAGUGAAGCAAAGGAACUAUUGUGGAUUAUAAUGUUUUGAAGAUCUGGAUUGUCAGAGGUUUGGAAAUAAGGCAUCAUUUAACCUUUUAAAUGAAAAAGAUUAAGAUCUCAUGCAACUGCUAUAUUUUCUGGAAACCAUUCUCCAAAAGGGAAGUGCACAUUUAAAACUUAGAUAUGAUGGUCCUUUGUACAGGGAUUUGAGUCUGAUUGCUUUUACAUCAUGACCAGCUUGAAACGGUCGCAGACGGAGAGGCCUGCUGCCCCCGAAAGGGCCUCGGUUGUCGCCACAGAUGGCGCCCCCAAAGUCCACACUGACGACUUCUACAUGCGACGCUUCAGGUCCCAGAAUGGCAGUUUAGGGUCCUCGGUCAUGGCUCCGGUAGGGCCCCCCCGAAGCGAAGGGUCUCAUCAUAUAACCUCGACCCCCGGAGUCCCCAAGAUGGGGGUUAGGGCUAGGAUUGCGGAUUGGCCCCCGAGAAAGGAAAACGUCAAAGAAUCUAGCCGUUCAAGCCAGGAAAUAGAAACCUCAAGUUGCCUUGAGAGCCUGUCCUCCAAAAGCAGUCCUGUGAGUCAGGGAAGUUCUGUUAGCCUCAAUUCCAGUGACUCAGCCAUGUUAAAAAGCAUACAGAACACACUGAAAAACAAGACGAGGCCGGCGGAGAACAUGGACUCCAGAUUUCUCAUGCCUGAAGCCUACCCCAGCUCCCCUAGGAAGGCUCUCCGCAGGAUCCGUCAGCGGAGCAACAGCGAUAUCACCAUAAGUGAACUUGACGUGGAUAGCUUCGAUGAAUGUAUCUCGCCCACAUACAAGACUGGGCCAUCACUGCACAGGGAAUAUGGUAGCACCUCUUCAAUUGAUAAGCAGGGAACGUCCGGGGAAAGCUUCUUUGACUUGCUAAAGGGCUACAAAGACGACAAGUCUGAUCGAGGUCCAACUCCAACCAAGCUCAGUGACUUCCUCAUCGCCAGUGGGGGCAAGGGCUCCGGUUUCUCCCUGGAUGUCAUAGACGGGCCCAUCUCCCAGAGGGAGAACCUCCGGCUCUUUAAGGAAAGGGAAAAACCACUCAAGCGCCGUUCCAAGUCUGAAACUGGAGACUCGUCCAUUUUUCGUAAGUUACGCAAUGCCAAAGGUGAGGAACUUGGGAAAUCGUCAGAUCUUGAAGACAACCGGUCAGAAGACUCUGUCAGGCCCUGGACAUGCCCGAAGUGCUUUGCCCACUACGAUGUCCAGAGUAUACUAUUUGACUUGAAUGAGGCCAUUAUGAACAGGCACAACGUUAUUAAGAGAAGAAACACCACCACGGGGGCAUCGGCCGCUGCCGUGGCAUCCCUGGUCUCUGGACCUCUGUCCCACUCGGCCAGUUUUAGCUCCCCGAUGGGCAGCACGGAGGACCUGAAUUCCAAGGGGAGCCUCAGCAUGGACCAGGGAGACGAUAAGAGCAAUGAACUUGUAUUGAGCUGUCCGUAUUUUCGGAAUGAGAUAGGUGGAGAAGGCGAGAGGAAAAUCAGCCUGUCAAAAUCAAACUCUGGUUCCUUUAGUGGGUGUGAAAGUGCCUCCUUUGAGUCUACGCUUAGUUCCCAUUGCACAAAUGCAGGAGUGGCAGUACUUGAAGUGCCCAAGGACAACCUUGUGUUGCAUCUGGACAGGGUGAAGAGAUACAUCGUGGAGCAUGUGGACCUGGGCGCGUACUAUUACAGGAAAUUCUUCUAUCAGAAGGAACACUGGAACUAUUUUGGGGCCGAUGAGAAUCUUGGACCAGUGGCUGUGAGCAUUCGGAGGGAAAAGCCAGAAGAGACGAAGGAAAAUGGAUCUCCCUACAACUACCGAAUAAUUUUUAGAACCAGUGAGCUCAUGACCCUGAGAGGUUCAGUCCUGGAGGAUGCCAUUCCCUCAACGGCGAAGCACUCGACAGCCAGAGGGCUGCCCCUGAAGGAAGUGCUGGAGCACGUGAUUCCUGAGCUCAACGUCCAGUGCCUGAGGUUGGCCUUCAACACUCCCAAAGUCACAGAGCAACUCAUGAAACUGGACGAACAAGGGCUGAACUAUCAGCAGAAGGUAGGCAUCAUGUACUGCAGAGCUGGACAGAGCACCGAAGAAGAGAUAUACAACAAUGAGUCAGCCGGCCCGGCCUUUGAGGAAUUCCUUCAGCUGUUGGGAGAACGCGUUCGGCUCAAAGGAUUUGAGAAGUACCGUGCACAGCUUGACACCAAAACUGACUCCACUGGAACCCAUUCUCUGUAUACAACAUACAAAGACUAUGAGAUCAUGUUCCAUGUUUCCACCAUGCUGCCAUACACACCUAAUAACAAGCAACAGCUCCUACGGAAGCGGCACAUUGGAAAUGAUAUUGUCACAAUUGUUUUCCAAGAGCCCGGAGCACAGCCAUUCAGUCCAAAAAACAUCCGAUCCCACUUCCAGCACGUUUUUGUCAUCGUCAGGGUUCACAACCCCUGCACCGACAGUGUUUGUUACAGUGUGGCUGUCACCAGGUCCAGAGACGUGCCUUCCUUUGGACCUCCCAUCCCCAAAGGGGUCACUUUCCCUAAGUCAAAUGUGUUCAGGGACUUCCUUUUGGCCAAAGUGAUUAACGCAGAAAACGCUGCUCAUAAAUCAGAGAAGUUUCGGGCCAUGGCAACUCGGACCCGCCAGGAAUACCUGAAAGAUCUGGCAGAAAAGAAUGUCACCAACACCCCAAUUGACCCAUCUGGCAAGUUCCCAUUCAUCUCUCUGGCCUCCAAGAAGAAGGAGAAGUCUAAGCCAUAUCCGGGAGCUGAACUCAGUAGCAUGGGGGCCAUUGUGUGGGCCGUCCGGGCCAAAGACUACAACACAGCUAUGGAAAUAGACUGUCUGUUGGGGGUCUCCAACGAAUUCAUCGUCCUCAUCGAGCAGGAAACAAAGAGCGUGGUUUUCAACUGUUCCUGCAGAGAUGUGAUAGGGUGGACCUCGACUGACACCAGCCUCAAAAUCUUCUACGAGCGAGGAGAAUGUGUUUCGGUGGAGAGUUUAAUUAAUAACGAGGAUAUCAAGGAGAUUGUGAAGAGGUUGCAGUUUGUGUCAAAAGGUUGUGAAUCGGUGGAGAUGACUCUGCGAAGGAAUGGGCUAGGCCAGCUUGGCUUCCAUGUCAACUACGAGGGCAUCGUGGCCGACGUGGAGCCCUAUGGCUACGCCUGGCAGGCAGGGCUCAGGCAGGGCAGCCGGCUGGUGGAGAUCUGCAAGGUGGCGGUGGCCACCCUGAGCCACGAGCAGAUGAUUGAUCUCCUGAGAACAUCUGUCACGGUGAAGGUUGUCAUCAUCCCCCCGCAUGACGACUGCACCCCACGGAGGAGUUGCUCUGAAACGUACCGCAUGCCAGUGAUGGAAUACAAAAUGAACGAAGGGGUUUCAUACGAAUUCAAGUUUCCCUUCCGAAAUAAUAACAAAUGGCAGAGGAAUGCCAACAAGGGGCCUCACUCAGCUCAAGUCCCCUCCCAGGUGCAGAGCCCCAUGACCUCGAGGCUGAAUGCUGGCAAAGGAGACGGGAAGAUGGCUCCUCCAGAAAGAGCCGCCAACAUCCCUCGAAGCAUCUCCAGUGACGGGCGCCCCCUGGAGAGGCGGCUGUCUCCUGGCUCAGACAUCUACGUGACGGUCUCCUCCAUGGCCCUCGCGAGGUCCCAGCAGUGCCGGAACUCCCCUAGCAACCUGUCUUCAUCCAGCGAGACGGGCUCUGGCGGAGGCACUUACCGGCAGAAGUCCAUGCCCGAAGGGUUUGGAGUAAGCCGCAGAUCCCCAGCCUCCAUCGACAGGCAGAACACCCAGUCAGAUAUUGGUGGCAGCGGGAAAUCUACCCCCAGCUGGCAAAGAAGUGAGGAUAGCAUUGCUGACCAGAUGGCUUACAGUUAUAGAGGACCUCAGGAUUUCAAUUCUUUUGUCCUCGAGCAGCAUGAAUAUACAGAGCCAACGUGCCAUCUCCCAGCAGUAUCAAAGGUACUGCCAGCUUUCCGAGAGAGCCCCAGUGGGAGAUUAAUGCGGCAGGAUCCGGUGGUCCAUUUGUCUCCAAACAAACAAGGGCAUUCUGACAGCCACUACUCAAGCCACUCCAGCAGCAAUACCCUCUCCAGCAACGCGUCAAGUGCCCACAGCGACGAGAAGUGGUACGAUGGGGACCGCACGGAGUCUGAGCUCAACAGCUACAACUACCUGCAAGGCACCUCCGCUGACAGUGGCAUCGACACCACCUCCUAUGGUCCCAGCCACGGCAGCACGGCCUCCCUGGGGGCUGCCACGUCGUCCCCUCGCUCAGGGCCCAGCAAAGAGAAAGUGGCACCCCUGUGGCAUAGUUCCAGUGAAGUGAUCUCCAUGGCAGAUCGGACUUUAGAGACAGACGGCCUCGGCAUGGACCGGAAAACAGAGUCCUCCCUGAGCCUGGACAUCCACGGCAAGAGCCCAGCGGGCUCAAACCCUCUGACAAGGGAGAACAGCACUUUCAGUAUAAAUGACGCUGCUUCCCACACAAGCACCAUGGGCUCCCGACACUCUCCCAGCCCCGUUGUCUUCACCAGUGCCAGAAGCUCCCCUAAAGAAGAGCUCCAUCCUGCCACCUCACAGCUCCUACCUUCCUCCUCCUCCUCCUCCUCCUCGUCUGGUCCUAGGACUUUCUACCCUCGCCAGGGCGCAACCAGCAAGUACCUGAUUGGUUGGAAGAAACCCGAAGGAACCAUAAACUCCGUGGGAUUCAUGGACACAAGAAAGCGUCACCAGAGCGACGGCAAUGAGAUAGCCCACACCAGGCUGCGUGCCUCAACCAGGGACCUCCGGGCGUCCCCCAAGCCGGCCUCCAAGUCCACCAUUGAGGAGGACCUCAAGAAACUCAUCGACCUGGAAAGCCCAACUCCCGAAUCGCAGAAGAACUUUAAGUUCCACGCGCUCUCCUCUCCUCAGUCUCCUUUUCCUACCACCCCCACCUCAAGGCGGGCUUUGCACCGGACGCUGUCAGAUGAGAGCAUUUACAGCGGGCAGAGGGAGCACUUUUUCACCUCAAGGCCUUCACUUCUGGACCAAGCCCUGCCCAAUGACGUCCUCUUCAGUAGCACGUACCCUUCUCUUCCCAAGUCUCUUCCGUUGCGGAGGCCUUCUUACACCUUGGGAAUGAAGUCGUUGCAUGGAGAGUUCUCAGCCUCGGACAGCUCCCUCACUGACGUCCAGGAGACUCGAAGGCCACCCAUGCCCGACCCUGGCCUGAUGCCCCUGCCCGAUGCUGCUGCGGAUUUGGAUUGGUCCAACCUGGUGGACGCUGCGAAGGCCUAUGAGGUCCAGAGAGCCUCCUUCUUUGCUGCUGCUGAUGAAAACCACCGCCCCUUGAGUGCCGCGUCCAACAGUGACCAGCUGGAGGAGCAGGCGCUGGCCCAGAUGAAGUCUUACAGCAGCAGUAAGGAUUCCUCUCCCACUCUGGCGUCCAAAGUGGACCAGCUGGAAGGUAUGCUGAAGAUGCUCCGGGAAGACUUGAAGAAGGAAAAAGAAGACAAAGCCCACCUCCAGGCGGAGGUCCAGCACCUGCGGGAGGACAACCUGAGGCUGCAGGAGGAGUCCCAGAACGCCUCAGACAAGCUCAAGAAGUUCACCGAGUGGGUCUUCAACACCAUAGACAUGAGCUAGGGCAGGCUGAGGGGACAGGAGCGGGGGGCACGGGGGUGCUCUCCGGUGAGGUUUGGCAGUCCCUAGCCGUGACACUGAAAGCAUUCUCUGCCUCCCCACCCCUCCUCCCCGGCCUCCUACCCCGGCCCCUCUUGGGGAGUGCACAACACGAUUGCAGAUCAACAAUCAUUAUCUGCCUUUUGUAGAAAAGAAAAACGAAAAAGUAAAUAAAAAUUUUAAAAAGUAAAAUAAAAGUUUAACUGCUAAAAUGUGAAUGUCUUUAUUUUUUUGCACAAUAUCUUUAUCUGUUAUGUAUUUAAAAAAAAGAAAAAAAAAGUGGGCCUAGGCUGUCCUGGCCCAUCUGCCUCUAUUUCCAUUAGCUCUGAUCUAUUUCAGGUAACCCAAGCUUUCCCUCCUUAUCCUGACAAAUGUCAUUGCUCCUAAUAAAGUUUUUAAAAGUUGUUUGUUUAGGGAGGGGGAUUUCCUUACCUCUGUUCCUAAAACGUCCGGGGAGGAAGGUGCUUUAAGAAAACGCCUGCCUCCCUUGAAUGGCCUGUGCAUGAGCUAGUGCCCUUGUCCCUAUCCUAGCCGCUGUGGGCAGGUCAGGGUUACCGCCAGGUGCACCAGAGACCGGGCUCCUGCCUCGGGCCACGCCCCCUUCCUGUCCCGCAUUGUGACGUAACUCCGCCCCUGCUUCCUUUCCCCAGGCAGAUGGGCCCAGGUGUGUGCUUCUCGGAGCUGGACCCCUGUUUGUCUGGUGUGACUGAGUCCCACCAGGUUGGAGGCCGCCUCUCCACGGCUUCCUGGCUCCAAACGUUCAUUGGGUUCAGAAUUCCUCCAGACUAAAAACUCGUUUGCAUUUUGGUCAAAGGUGUAGUUUUUGUUCGAGGUGUUUAAAGAUGAAAAUGUGGCAAAAUUGGGCUCUUUGGCGCCCUCAAAAUGACCAUAUUAAUUAAUCAAUCCUCUCCAAAGCCAGAUUUCACCAGUGUUUAUAACUAGGGAAAGUGAAUGUUAAAAUGUUUCCUGCUUGCUUGUUAGGAGCAACGACUGUGAUAACAGAAUGGGCUUUGAAACCUGCAUGUCCCAGUGUGCGAUUUAAGCACGGCAUUUGCUGAAUCCCUUUGUGGCCGAAGGAUUCCGCUGCAGAAAUGACCUGCUGUGCUCUUUGUCCUGUCUAGUGCUCUAGCCACUCUGGGGCCUCUGGUCAUCGUUCCAAGGCUCCCAGUCCUGCAGACAGACACGCUGGGCCCACCAGUGUUGAGGAACCCAGGGAGCCCCUGGUGGCCUUGUUCCCUGCCUUCAUAAAAUGUCACUCAGCUGACACCCGGGUCCCUUCAGUGGCAACUCUGAUCUAGGGAAAGUUCCGCAACGUAGUGUCCUCUGUGUGGAAGCUCCCUGCCCCAAGUGAUCUCGGCUCCUUCCUCCAACCCUGACAGGAAUGGGAUGGGUUUUCUCUCUUCUCCCCCCACCCCCUCCACCAGACUUUUAUGCUACAGUUUCAUUCAUGAUUGUGAUUUUUUUCAAGGGAUUUUUUUUUUUUUCCUGGUGACAUUUCCAUCACGGAAAAUAGGAAGAUUUCGGAGUGCUUUGUAAAGAUCUCAAUUGUCUGUCUCUUUCUCUCUUUGACUUGUAUGAGGGAGAUUGUUACAUUGCCUGAUAAUCUCUUUGUAAAUGACAAAUACUGCUAACAUCCAAGCAUUCUGAAGUCUUGCUUAUCCUGAGUUUUUAUUUUGUCUUUCAUUUGUUUGGGAACUUGGGGCAAGCUAUUUAUUAGAGUUUUGCAACAGAGUUCUUGUUUGAAGCCUUUAAAGACUACUUGUAAAAUUCAAACAAUAAAAUUCAUUUUAAAUGCUCUUUUAAAACGCUUUGGUAUUAUUGCUUGAGGUUUUCGCAUUUCAAAGACCACCCAGUAACCCGUUGACCCUCCUUGCAACCAGUGUUUUCAUCAGGCUCCCUUAACACCAAAGGAUGAUUCUUCCAAGUUUCUGCCCCUCUUAGAAUGUUAAUAACCUUUUUUAUUCUCUGUUCCUCGUUAGAGAAUUCCUGAUUUGGCUUCUCUGCUUAUAAUUUAAUAUUUGCAGAGCACUUUCUAAUUAGUUCCUUCUUCAUUAUCCAUGUGUGGAUUUUCCAUGACAACACUGUCAUUCCCCGAGACCAGCACAUGUUUGGACGGCCUCGACCACACCACCCAAAUCUGUGUUAGGUGUUGUGUGCUCCGGGAAUACAAAUGCCUGUUAAUAUCAGGCUGUACAAAAUAUAAUUAGGAAAGUUAAUCUGCUGAAAAAAUCAUAAUGCAUUCCAAAGCCAAAUGGAACCAAAUUUCUAAAAUCUACCACAUCACUGUUCCUCUCCAGUGGUGCAGCUAAUUGAGAACUGACAGAGUUCCUUCCUUUUAUUUGGUUCAACAAUUCUACAAUUUCUAGAAUUACAAGACAGGGUAAGACUGGAUGCCCCCAGACACUCUGAUUCGCAAGCUAAAAGGGUCUGUUUAGACCAUGAUUCUUACCUGAUGGGAAGGGCUUGGACGUGGGUUGAGAGUCCCCGGGAGAAGGUGCCAUUAGCCCGCGUUGAGGGAGGGUCUUCGUGCAUGAGCUGACUGGCGGGGCCAUUUGGUUGUGCUUCCCGUCUGCUGCCUGUGAUCAACAGAUGGGGUGGGGUUGGAUUACUAACUCCUCAGACGGGGAUACAACCGAUAGUCCAAGGGCAAAGGAAAUCGACCCAGUGCGCUUCGGCCAUUUCUCUUUAGUUAAAUGCAGAACGAGAACGAACCGUAGUCUCACCGUAGAUUCCUGUCAGCAGCUUUGUGGUGCCACUUCCCCAGCGUGACCAAAGUUGACGUGAAAAGUGCAAGAUGGCAUACCUGGGCCAGAAACCCAUGACCAGUGAAGACCUAGGCGCUAUUCACCACGAACUCUGCUACUCUAAAAGAAUGAUCCCACGGGAAUGUUGGAUACCCCUCUGUGUGUGAAUUACGCCACUAACGACCUAUCCGUAAGGAGUUGUCACACGCUGACAAACAUUUCACUUCGACUGGGACGCGAGUCCCAUCCACUACACCGCAGCUGUGUCUGUAGUAAGUUAACCUCAUCUCUGAGUCUGGGUUCCUCAUCUGGCAAAAUAGUAACCAUGUGAUGUAGUUUGAAGGAUUAAAUGGAACCACCUAUUAAAUAAAGCCAUUGACUGGCAAAUUUGAAGACACAACCUGUCUUCCAUCUCCAGUAUGUUAAGGCUGUGAUGUUGUUUUUCUGGGAGAGUAUCCUGAGGUGUUAAUAGCAGGGUGGGAUGGAAGAACCAGGAUGAGCUUCCCCCCACUCAGUUUCCUAUCAGGUGCUUUCAACCCUUUGCCGUGUCUCUUAGAACGGUGAUUCUCGAAUUUGAGCUUCCAUCAGAAUCACCUGGAGGUUUUUGUUAAAACACAGGUCACAGGGCAGCAUCCCCAGGAUCCGUGAGUUAGCAGGUCUGGGGUGGGUACUCAGUGGUGUAUUUUCUCCAAGUUCCCAGGUGAUGAUUUAAAAGCAGGCCUUUCAAAGAAUAGGGGUAACAGGUGGACAUCCAUAUCCAUUAAUAAUUAAAAGAAACAGAUGCUACAGUAUAAGGCUCUUACGCCAUAUACCUGAGUGUUCUUUUGAUAUGUUAGCCAACCACAGAGCACUUUGCAGGGGAAACAGGCUUAAACUAUAGCUAAAGAGAGUUUAAAGACCAUUUUUUAAAUUAAAACUUAGUAAGUUAAGGGGCGCCUGGGUGGCUUGGUCGGUUAUGUGUCUGACUUCAGCCCAAGUCAUGAUCUCACGGUCCGUGAGUUCGAGCCCCGCGUCGGGCUCUGUGCUGACGGCUCAGAGCCUGGAGCCUGUUUCAGAUUCUGUGUCUCCCUCUCUCUCUGCCCCUCCGCUGUUCAUGCUCUGUCUCUGUCUCAAAAAUAAACGUUAAAAAAAAAUU